CCCACUCUAGCCCAGAACACCUUGGACACUAGAAAAUACCCAUUGUCUCUCAUUUCAUCUGUUUGACUCGCUGACGAAGGCUAGAUGCAAAAACGCAUUAAAGUUCUUUUAAAUUGGUUCUGUAUGGCUUGGCCACUUGCAAUACAAGCAUUUUAAUAGUUAAAAAAUAGUAGUUUGAGCUUUCUUUUAUUUUAUACCUUUUCCAUUAAAAAAGAAACUCAAACUAACUCAGAUUUGAGUCCAGGAAGCGCUCCUAUCCACAUGUUCUCAAAAUAAUCUUUUUUUUAAAUACAUCUUUCUGUUCCCUCUACUACUACAUGCUACUCAAAGCUACAUUAUAGCCUUUAUCAUGAAGCUAAUCAUUUUAAUAUGUUUUAUCAUGUUUCAGAGAUGCACCAGGACAAUCAACAAUUCAGCCAGGACAGAUAGUAAUAUCUGAUGCUGAGGAUCUGGAUCCACCGGAAGCAAAUCCAGAAAAAAUGUCUUGCUACAGUAAAUACACAGACCUGUAUUCACCAAAUGUUGAGCAGGAGGACGAAGAGCCGGUUGCUGUCAAUGUGAAGAAUUUCCAACACACAGCAAUGGAGGAGACGGACAUUGCAUUACCUGACAUCGUAGCAAACCUGUCUCUUCCUAUUGAUCAUAAAAAAGUCAGCCGGUUUAACAUCUCAAGGGAUAAUGUUUGGGAUGGGGCAGUCAGAGGUUUCAAGCGUACAACAUAUUCUGAAACCUGUGACAUGCUGGUGAAAUUUACUGAUGAUACUGGUGUUCUGGAAGAGGGAAUUGACACUGGUGGUCCAAGACGAGAGUUUUUAACUCUACUGAUGAAACACCUAAAAGACCGGCCCAUUUUUGAUGGACCAGAAGGACAUCGGUUCUUGGUCUACAAUGCAAAGGCUGUUAGGGAGGAUGAAUACUACUUGGCAGGAAAGAUGAUUGCUGUGUCAGUUGUGCAUGGAGGUCCAGGACCCCAUUUCCUGUCAGAAGAUCUUGUACAUUAUCUUGCAGGCCAGCCUUCAUUCAAAGCAACAAAUAAUGUAAUAACUGAUGAAGAAAUAGGGAAAGCUUUGCAAGAGAUUGAGAAUGCUGCUUCAUUGGAUGCUCUGCAAGAAUGUAUGAUGAGACACAGCACAAUGUUACAGACAGCAGGUUGUCUGAGACAUGUGGCUACUGUGGAAGAAAAGAAAGAAAUCGUGUCAGACUACCUCCAAUGGUAUAUCAUUGACCGCAACUCAUCUGUAAUUGACAGAUUCAGAGAUGGUCUUUCAACCCUGGAGUUUUUGACUGCACUACAGCAACACCCUACUUUGCUGGCCCCUGUCAUGUGCCACUCUGAAAGGCGACUCACUGCUUUUGAACUUGAGAGACUCUUCAAACCUGACCUCAGUCCUUCGGGGAGUAAUCGAAGACUUAAAGAAAGUCAAACCAUGGCCUACUGGGCAGACUAUCUCCUUGAUUGUGAAGGUUUGUUAGUUUGUUUUUUAUAACUAGUUAAGAAAACACAUGGCAGUGAUGUAUCUGAAUUGUUUUUCUUUGCAGACGGCCAGGCUGCUGUGUCUGUGGAAGAUGUUUUGAUGUUUGCUACUGGGCUGUCUUCACUUCCCCCAUCUGGCUUGGAACCACUGCCUCAAAUAGAGUUCCUGGAGGACUCUGCGUUCCCAAUGGCAAAUACAUGUUCAAACUCCUUGAGAUUACCACUCCUAGACUCAUACACUUUGUUUAAGUCACAAAUGGACUUUGGAAUUCAAAAUAGUCCAGGAUUCGGCUGUUUCUAAGCUAUAUGAUGGAUGACCCCUAGAGUUAAGACUCUGAAAAAGUUGUUGUUGUUAAAGGUUAGGGUUGGGCAUCAUUUAGAUUUUAACGAUUCUGAUUCCAAUUCCGAUUCUUCCUUUUGAUUCCGGUUCUUAUCGAUCCUCGAUUCCGAUUCUUUGAGUGGUGGAGUUGAAACGGGUCACAUGCUUAUUUCACAAAUAAGAGGAAAGUUUUAUUUUGAUUCGAAGGUGGGUUGCAGUUUGACGGGGCUUUUUCAAUGUAAAAUAAAGCCACACUAGAGCACCGCUUACUGUGCUCCAUGGCUGCAACACAACAAGCACCUGGCCGCUACAGAAACCAAAACUUGCGCAUGUUAAAUUUGGAACCCAUGAUCAGAUUUGAAACCCAAUCCUCCAAAACGAUUCCAAUAAAGAAACAAUUCCGAUGGAAUAGUAAUUUUUUUAACUAUUCCAAGUAGGAAUUGGUUCUUGAUGCCCAACCCUAUUAAAGGUGCACUUUUAAAGUGCAGUUGCCAAAGUUGUUUUUAUAAUGUUACUGUAUGUGAGCAUGUUCUUUUCUCACAGUAAACAUUUUGAAAAUGUUUUAGAUCCAUUACUCUCAAUACUACAAAAGUGUAAUAAAUACUGAUUACUA